CUUCCAUCAAUCCUCCCCUCCUUUUCCUUGCUUCCAUGGUCAGUGCUGCCCUUCUCCUCCGCGAUGUCUGGAUUAAAUCCUUUCCGCCCUAAGAAGCCCGAAAGUGAGUCCGUCCGGCGGUUCCGGUUCCUGCGCACCGUUCGUCGCGUGCUGGUCGGGACGAGAUGGACGGAGCUGUCCCUGACCCAUGAUGCUGACCUUCUCCAUCCCAGAUACCACCUUCGCUGCUCCUACUCCUGCUCCUGCUCCGGCACCCUCUCUGCCUCAGUCUCUGCCUCAGCCCUCCUUCACCUUGUAUCCCUCGAAACCUGCUCCCUCCGUGACCUUCCCUUCCACCUCGUUCCGCUCUGUCCCUCGAACCCCUCCCGCAUCCUUGACCCCGGAUCCCGACGAUACGGCCUCCUCCGAUGACCAGUCUACUUCGGACCCCUUCCACCAGCAGUCGUAUGCGACCGAUGACGAUGGAGAGGCGGAGGAAGAGGAGGACAUUGAUGAAUUAGAUUCCAAACGCACCUACCAGGUCGCUCACCUACCUUCCCGGGACGAUGAUCGCCCCCUGCCAUCGACCAGGACCGUUCCAGACCCAGCCUUAUCCUCCAGGAGAUCCGCGCCGCCCGCAGCCAUUACUCUCCCAGCGCAGAGGAGCACCCAUGAUCGUCCAGUAGACCCGGAACAGGCUGGCACGCCUCGCGAGAAUGCGCCCGUAGCUGGUUCGAAUGUGUCGACGCGUUCAUCCACGUCUUACGGAGGCACCCGGACGCCCGACAGCAGCAGCUCCACGGAUGUAUCUCGACCGUCCGACCUGCGUACCGGUCCAGCUACUCGAGUAGCUGGGUCGGGCUUGACCCCAUCAUUAGAUCCUAGUUCACGUCCUCUUGCCAGCCGUCCAGGUAACAGGGACCGGAUACCUCCGCCUCCGCCCAAGAGUCAUCAUGGGAAACGGAUCGCCCCUAGCCCUGGUAUCACACCCUCCUUCGCCCAAACUACCCCUGGCAAGACGACCAACCGCUUCUCUUUCCAUGGCUCCCCAUCUGAGCCAUCAUACUCCCCCCGACCCUCCCAAUCAGGGUCCGACUACUUCUCCGCAAAGCCGAAAGAUGAGCCGCGGUCGACUGAGCAGUCGGCGGAGUCCCUUCGGCGGAGUCAAUCGCAGCAUAAGCGACCGCCAACUCCACCGCUAAGCCGACGACAUAGCCAGAUGAGACGGUCGAAGACCACAAUGUCCAAAGUCAACCCGUUGCGGUUAUCCAUUCAUGUGGCACAGGACUCAAGCGCGGCAUCAUCGUCAUCAUCUCCGCCGCCCAGUCCAGGCGGCUGGUCUCUGAAACCAUCACGAACUCGAGAGUCUCGCGCGGGCAGUAAUCCGUCCGAGGAGCCCAUGCAUACUGCGACCUCAACCCUGCGCCCGGAACCCUCGGCAGCCGCACCAGUGUCGCCCACAGAAAUCUCACAUUCGACGUCAGGAGGAUCGUCGACGAAGCGGACUUCGCUUUACAACCCUCUUCCCCCACCUCCGCCUCCGCGACGCUCUCGCGGAUCCAGCAACCACAGCAUUGACAGCACUGGUCAGAGUCUCCGAUCGGGCAGACCAGCCGACGAGACAACAGCGGCACCAACAGCGCCAGUAACACAGGACGAAUUCGUCCCACAUCCAUCAAACGCGCAUGACAUUCUGGCCGAUUUGACCCGGUUACAGAAAGAAGUAGACGAUUUGCGCGGGCAUUACGAGAGCCGAAAGCCCAGCCAAUAGGCUCAGCCCAGUAUGGGGCUUGGCUUGGCUUUGUUCCUAUCAUUAUCUCACUUAUGUUCUGCAGCAAGAGCGAAUGAGCCCCAAGGUAGGCAUAGGUAUCGUAGGGAGUGAGAGUGACUGAAAGAGUGUACAUGGGCACGUGAACGUGAACGAGUGAUGAAGCAUAGCGCUUGGUUUGUUAUGUGGUAUCCCUUCCUUUCUUGAGUAUAGUAUAUGUUUCUGUUGGGUCAGUGAGGUAUGCAAACUAUGCAUGUGUUGUAUUAUUCUUAAUUCAAUCUCG